AUGCAUCUCAACACCCUCCUCCUCCUCCCCCUCCUCAGCGCCCUCACCCCGCUCACCACCGCCUCCAAACCCACCACCCCCAACCACGACCACGACCUCGAAACAACAACACUCACCCUGCGCAUCCCCCCCACAAACCCCUCCCUCCCCAACGCGCACCUCCUCCCGGCCUCGACCCGCGCCACGCUCACCACCCUCGGCCGCGCGCUGUCCGCGCCCCUGUCCGUCGCCAACACCUUUGUGUUUCGCAAUGUUAGUGUGGGCUCGUAUCUGGCGGAUGUGCAUUGUGUGAGCCACGCGUUCGCGCCGCUGCGCGUGGAUGUGGCCGCGGCCGAGGGUGCAGAUGGGGGUGGGGGGAAGAAGGGGUCGGGGUCUGGGUUGGGGGUGCGCGCGUGGGAGACGUUUCGGGGGGGUGAUUGGGGGAAUACGGGGGAGGGCGCGCCGGUGGGGGAGUAUAGCGGGGGUGGGGGGCAUGUGGUGGAGGUGAGGGUGCUGGGGGCGAAGGGGUAUUUUAUGGAGAGGAGUAGCUUCUCGGUGUUGAGCAUCUUCAAGAACCCGAUGAUCUUGCUUGGGCUGGUCAGCAUGGCGCUGUUCUUUGGCAUGCCGAAGCUGGUGGAGAACAUGGAUCCCGAGAUGCGCGCCGAGUGGGAGGAGCGGCAAAAGGAGAACCCGAUGAACAGCAUUAUGGGCGCCGCGUCCGGGCAGAACGCGAACCCCAUGGGCAACUUCGAUAUGGCGGCUUUCUUGGCAGGGUCAGGGUCGAGCAAGGCGGAAGAGGGGGGCGCGAAGGGGAAGACCGAGGGCAAGAAGAAGAGAUAG